UGGUUUUACUGGCGUUGCUGUUGAAUUUACUUAAUUUCAAUAUACGAAUAUGAUUUGGAAACUGUCAAAAUGUUGGUGUGUCUUAAUAAUCUUGUGUUUUAAAUAUUGCACUUUAUCUAUUGGCAGUCGGAGAUUAUCGCUUGGAGAACGUUCAGACAGAGACACAAGAUACAUGGUGUACCUUUUGAAGUCAGAAAAGUCUACCACGAUGUUAGAUGGCUGGUUGUGUGCGGGUGCAAUAGUGUCCCCGACCUACAUUCUGACCUCGGCGGCCUGUCUGCGCGACGUGACCUAUCUGUACGCGAUUGCGGGCUACAGGAAGUACGUCAGGCCAGAGAAUCUGAACCUAGACAGAUGCACUCGAGAGCGAAAACAGAAAGUAAUCAGGACCUGUGUUCCUAAAAACUGGAUGUACUUAGACAUUGGAUUCGCGAUAGUGGAAAAACCAUAUAAUUUCUCAGACUUGACGUACAGAUUCUAUUGCUCAUAUGUGCCAACUCCGAUAAAAAUUAACAUGGACCCAAAAUACGUAACUAUUGGAACUAACGCUAUGGUAUAUGGAUGGGGUCAUAUAUUAGAUAAAAGUGAGCCCUACAACCUCCAAGACCGCAAUACAGAAUAUUUGUAUUCAGCGCGAACAAAGAUAACGGAGAAGAAGGUGUGCUAUGAUGCAUAUGGACACGAGAAUGUUACAAAUAUAAUUAUGGACUACAUGAUUUGCUGUAAAGGACGCGGCCUCUUGAAUGAAUAUGGCAACCCUGAUGAGGCUGAUCCUGAAUUUGCCGAUGGACGUUCUAGAAGGAAUAUGAAAAAUUCCACUAAUAAUUUUAUUAAACCAUCAAGAAAUAAAAAUCUGUAUAAUGGAACAAAUAAUCUUUUCUACAGCAGAAAACAAGGAAUAUGCCAGAACGAUCAUGGUACUCCCUUGGUGACGUGGAUUGGGAGAGAAGAAUACGUCUUGGGAGUGGCCUGCACGAGCCUGAUCCGUUCAACUUUCAAAUGCUUAUCCCCUUACUUGUACACUAGUACGCAAUGUACCAGUAGAUUCAUCAGGUGUGCGAUGCUUGGCUAUGGACAAACGCCAAUGCGUAGGAUGUGCGACGACUUGGUUAAAGAAGAGGGUUAUGAAAUAUUUGAAACUAAAAUAGACUGGGGCCAAGGGGAUGGGUAA